CAAACGCGAACACAAACAAAAUGGCCGCCGAUUACAAACUUGUGUCAAAAUUUAGUGUGCAGCCUGUGGACAAAUUCGAAGGCGAAUGCCCGUAUUUUAGGCAACCAAAGCAAGUGGGUUGCUUUUCCUUGGACGAGGACAGGUUGUUUUUAGAUAACGAUAGCAGACUUCGUUUUUAUAGCCCGCCAGAAAUUGUGAAUUUUGAUCUAAGAGUGGGGUACAAUGAGUUCAUAAGGCGGGACGAAGAAAAGAAAGACAGACUGGAUGACAUGUUACGUUGGAUUGAGAAACAUCCUGAGAAGUUUGCAUUAAGUGGGGAUAGUCAAUCACAAAAUGAUAAGAGGUUAGCUUUUACACCAUAUAACACCUAUUACAUCUGAAAAUACUAUAUUAUUAUAAUAAAACACAAAACAAUAGACACUCCGAAAAACACAAAACAAUAGUAUUGUUUUGUGUUUUAUUAAAAUACUCUAUGGCAACCGCAAUUUUAACUAUAUUAUUAUAUUAGGGUAAAAUAGUAAUUUUGUAUGAGAACAUUGCUGUUCAAUCCAUUAUAAAGAUGCAAGACUUUCCCCUUGACCAGUAAAAUUGUCUGGCAUUAAUUAAAGUAAAAUAUAAAGUAGGGUGCAUUAGGGCAGGCACAACGCAAUAAUUAAAUUAAAGAAUUUUGUGUGCUCCUUAACAGAAACGCAUAUUUCCUUUACUAGCCUUCAUACGGACUUUGUUACAUGGCGAGGUCACAUGACAAAAAUCCUGUGCACUCCAUACGAGAGGAAAGAACCGUGGCAAAUGGCCGUGUCUUUAAAUAAAGGAACAAUCUACAUCAGUGAAGUGGAAACAGCCGAGGCACGUCAACGAAGAUUGAACCAAUCAGAACGUCAGGACCAGAUGUGUUAUUGGGGUUAUAAGUUUGAGGACUAUGUCACAAGUCCGAGGGAGCCGACAAAAUGUAAGGGUAUCGACGAGCCAAUAAACAACACGGAAGCUUUUUGUUCAGUCGUUCGUUGCCGGCUUGACAAACACUCUAUGGUUUUUGGAGCAGAAGUUGACUGUUGCAUUAGAAAUAAUUCUAAAAACACCAGCCCUCCUUUAAACUAUAUUGAGCUGAAAACGAGCAGGAUUGUUGAGAACGACCGUAUGCAAUGGUCAUUUGAAAGGUAUAAGCUUUUAAAAUGGUGGGCUCAGUCAUUUUUGGCUGGCAUUCCGAAAGUUGUUUGCGGUUUUCGAAACGACGAUGGGGUGGUUAAGAAACUCAAGACAUUUAAUACUCUGGAAAUGCCAAGCUCGGUUGCGGAAAGUCAGAACACAUGGGCCGGAAGUGUUUGUUUGAAUUUCUGUAAUCGGAUGUUGGAUUGGGUGAAAUCUGUUGUUAGGGAUGAAGAUGUGGUUUAUAUGCUACAUUGGCGAGAGCCAUUCACACACAUCGAAUUAGAGUUGUCCAAGCGUCAAGAUGAUGCGUUUUUAAGGGAUUGGUAUCUUACAAGAUGAAAUGGGGGUGUAGAUUUUUAAGAGGAGAACAAUUUUUGUUUAAGUUAUUAAUGGUCCUGGAAUUUUCUGUAGGAAGAAAAUGUUAUAAAAUGUGAUUGGCCGACACAAAUUUUGUUGCAAAACAUUUUGAAGUUGAAAAUUUUUAACUUUUAACAAUGAUAUUUUCAGAAAAUUUUUUGUCUGUGGUAGUUACUUAAGUCUUAAGACAAUUCAAUAAUAAUUACAAUAUUGAUAAUGUAUGUAUAGUAUAUAUAAAUAUCCAGUGUACUACAACUGUAAAUACAGCCACCUGUAAAUAAAUGUAUAUUAUUCUUGAUUUUACAACCAUUUAAAUGUAAAUAAUAAAUAUUUAUUCAUUCUGUAUUCAUAUAAACUCUCAAAUUGUGUUCCCACUUUCUGUCCCGCUCCUGUUUUUGAAUAAGUUUUUUCGUCGACGUUUGUCGUGGAACUCUGAAUCCUCUGCUUGACAUUCCAGCCCUUGUGCUUUCCACGGCACUCGUAUCACACGCUGAGAAAUGUGUGAUCUUGGCUUUCUUCUUGCUUUUGUUUCCCAAGCCUUGACGAUCUUGUUUCAGAAUUGUCUUGACAGGAAAUUUACGCCCAGUUCCUUCAGGACCGAGACCUACAAGGCGAUGUAAAAAUAAAUAUUUUCAGGAUUUAUGCAGAAAUUUCACCUCUUCUAUGCCACACAUUUAACAUUUUAUGGACAUUUUUAUAACAUUUUG